AUGUUCUCUGGAUUGCCACUGACGCUUCUAUCUCUGCUUGCCACUCACGUCGCCCGAUACAUUUCCCCUGCUGCUACGCAUCCUAGAGUGAUUGCUCUCUGGUUUCUGCUUCUGACCGGAUUGGCGCACGCCGCGCACCUCGAUACCCGGUCGUCUAGCACUGGUGUUCAGUCAUACCCUAAUGGGAGCACAUUUGUCUGGACGGUAGAGGAUACCUACAAAGGACCUGACUUCUUCAACUACUUUCAUUUCUACACGGGCCCAGAUCCCACAAAUGGCCUGGUCAACUACACUGAUCAGGAGACAGCCUUUGCGGACGGUCUAGCGUAUGUGACUUCCGAUAACAUCGUUGUCAUGAAGGGCGACAACACUACAUGGCUAGCGGAGGGCGAGAAUCGGAAUAGUGUGCGUGUAUCGAGCUACAAGCAAUACAACACUGGUAAGCGUUUUCGGUACAAAUUUAUGGCUCUUUCUACAAUUGCAUUGCCUGACGCAGGUCUGUUUAUUCUGGAUCUCGAUAUGGCGCCUUGGGGUUGCGCUGUGUGGCCUGCAUGGUGGACGCUCGGUGGUGGCGAAUGGCCAUACACGGGAGAGAUUGAUAUCAUUGAAGGUGUUCACGACAAUGAACACAAUCAAGUGACGUGGCACACUGGUCCCAAUUGUAAUUUGACACAGAAUGCCACUUUCACUGGUACCAUCGUCGAGACGAACGGACAGCCCGAUCUAGAUUGCGACGGGAACACGAAUAAUAACGCUGGUUGUGGAGUUGUGGAAUGGAGCCGUGCAUCCUAUGGUCCCAUAUUUGAUCAGCAAGGAGGUGGAAUAUUUGCCAUGAUGUGGGAUCUCUCGGGCAUCGGUGUCUGGUCAUUCUACCGUGCAGCCAUCCCUCAGGAUGUCCUAGAUGGCCAGCCAACGCCCUCGACUUGGGGUGAACCCGUCGCAUUUCUGGAACCAGCCGAAUGCAAUCCGUUAACGAACUUCAUCAACCAUUCUAUCGUAUUUGAUAUCACUUUCUGCGGGGAUUGGGCUGGCAACUCUUACGCCACCUCCGGCUGUCCUGGGACGUGUCCAGAACGCUUGCUUGAUCCGAGUAAUUUUGAUAAUGCAUCCUGGAGGAUCAAUACUCUGACUGUGUACAGACAACAAACUUUAGAUGGAGAAGUUACUACUUCGGCUGGCCAGCGGAGGGAGUUACAUUGGACACUUGCCUUGGGAGCUGCCAUUAUGGCCGGGUUAGCUCUGACAUAA